AUGAACCCUCCUGUCUCAUCAUCAGCGACGACAAGCGCUCCGCCAGCGACCACGACAGUCAGCAACGGCGACACGAUCGUCGUGGCCGCCGGUGUGGUAGUGGUAGGAGGAACCGGAGGCGGCUCCUUCACCAUCGCCGGCUCGGGGGCAGCGCCGGUAGCAGUGGCGGCCGGCACGACCGUCACGGCCGGCUCCUCUUCGGAGGGCGAUAACCCAGAUAACCCAGAGCAGACAACCAAGCCCCCGGAGAGCUCUGAGCCACCGACCAGCACGGAGCCCACGAGCACGGAGCCGACCAGCUCGGCGCCGAGCGGGACGCCGACCCCAUGUCUUAUCUUUCCCAAGGACGGUGCCACGAGCCAGGACAACACGGACUUCAUCUCGCUCCUCGAUAAGGAACUUGGGAAGGGGAAGUACCGCGAAACAACUGAUACGGUGCAAUUGUUCGUGAGCGCCAACAUCACGGCGGCGCAGAACGCGACCCUCACCGCGGAUCCAUUGGUUGGCGGCGUAGAGCCCAUUGUCCCGCUCGAGGACAACGCCGGCGAGGCCGUGCCGGUGCCGAACAGCAAGCGCGAUGAAGACGUGCACGAGAAGUGGUGGAUGGAGUCGCUGGACAGGCUCGGCAGGAUCAGGAAGCGUGCCGUGGUGAAGCAGGACAAUGCCCCGACCGAGCUCGUCAUGUUCUCGCAGCCCCCGCUGGUGGACCUCGCGGCACUCAAGAGUUACACUUAUGAUGACAGUGCCGGUACCGAUAUCACUGUCUAUGUCCUCGACACGGGCUACUACACCAAGAACAGCGAAUACACCGGCAUGGCUAAGAAGCCGCGCUGGAUCUUUGGGGGAGCUCAGGCAGACAAGUCGGUCGAGGAGGACCUGGGCUCUGACGGCCACGGCAGCUGUGCUGGGUCCAAGGUCAAUGGACCCAAGUACGGCGUUGCAAAACAGGUGAAUCUUGUUGUUGUGAAAGCCUCCAUCAAUAUCGACGAAACACUCGAUGGCCUCAACAAGAUCAUAGAGGAUGUGAGGGAGAAGAAGCUGCAAGGCAAAGCAGUCGUGAACUUUUCACGCUCGAUCGCGAACCCAAGCAAAUUCACGCAGAAAAUGCUGCAGUACUACGUCAACGAGAUGAUCAAGGAAGACAUUGUCUUCGUCACAGCGUCUGGAAACGAUGACCGGGAAGAAGUCGCGGACGGGGAAGCAUCUGCACUCGAUGUCGACUCCUAUCCGCCAUUGAUGGCUGCCUCCGGAACCCCGAUCAUCAACGUCGGCGCUGUUGACAACACCGGCAAGAAUGCCUCCUUCUCCCAGGGUGGACCACUCGUUCAUGUGAUGGCUCCUGGCCAGCAGGUUCAGUGUGCUGCCAACUCUUUCUUCUCUAGCACACAGAAACAAGAUGGCACAUCCUUUGCCGCACCAGCAGUAGCUGGCCUUGCAGCCUACCUGCUUGCCCUGGGAGAAUACCCAGAGCUUUACCAGACAGGAAAAGUGGCAGAGAACAUGAAGAAGCUCCUCAUAGACAUGGCCUACCAGCGAGUCCCAGACGGCGGCCAGGUCGUGUUCAACGGCCAGGGCGCCGUCUGCUCUCGCCCCAGCAGCGCCAAGUUCCGACGUCAAGUCCUGAGCGGCGAGGCCUGCUCCGCCGUCUCUUCAACGACGACCUUGCCACCAACAUCGACGUCGGCCCCACCGCCGCCAGCGACAACAUCCAACCCGCCCGCCGAAACGACCGCGCCUGCAACACCGCCCGCGCCAAAGACACUAUUCUCGCUGAACGAGGAGAUCGGCGCCGGCACCAAGUCGUGCUUCCCGACAACCGACUUCACCACCACAGCGGGGACGACGUACGGCUUCUCGUUCGACGUCGACGCAAACCUGCUGGUCAGCAUCCAGACGGGUUCGACAGACGAGGGGUACCACCAGUCCAUGGGCUCCUGGACAGGCACCUUCUACGCCGACUCGGGCUCCUCCCUCAGCAUCUGCGGGACCAGCACCGCGUCCAGCGGCCUCCCGCUCGCCUUCACCAUCACCGAGGAGCCGCCGCAGGCCGUCGCGGCGCCCUCCGGCAGCGAGGUCUUCAAGCUGGACGACAAGGUCGCGGCGGGGACCACGUCGUGCUUCCCGACCACGGGGCUGAACAUCCAGGAGGGCAACUACGGCUUCUCGUACACCACGGCCGACGGCGUGGUCGUCCAGAUCGGGGAUGACAGCUCCGGGCCCAAGUACUUCUCCGGGAACAGGGCCGAGGGUGCCGGCCUGAUGUACAUCGACUUCUCUGGGGGCAGCAUCUCGAUCUGCGGGACCAACAAUGGGGGGUCCGAGGCGUCUAUCUCCUUGUCCAUGACGCAGUGA